UGGUGGAGACGGUGUUCUCUGUUGCUUCCAAGAAGAGCUCCAGCUCUCUAAUUCUUUGGAGCGUAGCUACACGUUCCUCCAGUUGCUGGAUUUGUGUGGCUGUAGGUUGCUAGGUUGUUAUAUCUGCAUUCUUUGGUGUGAUGUCGCAGAUGGAAGUUCCAUCCAUUGUUCAGAAUACCUCUGCUGCUGCUCCCCCCCCCCGCUACUUACUUGGUGAGUGAGGUGGUUCAGUUGCCUGGCUGCUGCUAAUAUUGGAGAAAUAUGUGGUGAAAGGAAAAAAAGAGGUUGUAAAGAUGGCAACUGAUAAACCCAAAGGCAGUGUUGAAGAGUUUAAAGUAAAGAUGGCAACUGAUGAACCUGAAGGUGGCAUUGAAGAGUAUAAAAUAAAGAAGGAAAUUGAUGAACCUGAAGGCGGCGUUGAAGAACAUAAAGCAAAGAUGGCAACUGAUGAACCUGAAGGCGGCGUUGAAGAACAUAAAGUAAAGACGGCAACUGAUGAACCUGAAGGCGGUGUGGAAGAGGAUAAAGUAAAGAAGGCAACUGAUGAACCUGAAGGCGGCAUGGAAGAGGAUAAAGUAAAGAAGGCAACUGAUGAACCUGAAGGUGGCAUGGAAGAGGAUAAAGUAAAGAAGGAAACUGAUGAACCUGAAGGUGGCAUGGAAGAGGAUAAAGUAAAGAAGGAAACUGAUGAACCUGAAGGUGGCAUGGAAGAGGAUAAAGUAAAGAAGGCAACUGAUGAACCUGAAGGCGGCAUGGAAGAGGAUAAAGUAAAGAAGGCAACUGAUGAACCUGAAGGUGGCAUGGAAGAGGAUAAAGUAAAGAAGGAAACUGAUGAACCUGAAGGUGGCAUGGAAGAGGAUAAAGUAAAGAAGGCAACUGAUGAACCUGAAGGUGGCAUUGAAGAGGAUAAAGUAAAGAAGGCAACUGAUGAACCUGAAGGCGGCAUGGAAGAGGAUAAAGUAAAGAAGGCAACUGAUGAACCUGAAGGUGGCAUGGAAGAGGAUAAAGUAAAGAAGGCAACUGAUGAACCUGAAGGCGGCAUGGAAGAGGAUAAAGUAAAGAAGGCAACCGAUGAACCUGAAGGUGGCAUGGAAGAGGAUAAAGUAAAGAAGGCAACCGAUGAACCUGAAGGUGGCAUGGAAGAGGAUAAAGUAAAGAAGGCAACCGAUGAACCUGAAGGUGGCAUGGAAGAGGAUAAAGUAAAGAAGGCAACUGAUGAAUCUGAAGGUGGCAUGGAAGAGGAUAAAGUAAAGAAGGCAACUGAUGAACCUGAAGGUGGCAUGGAAGAGGAUAAAGUAAAGAAGGCAACUGAUGAACCUGAAGGCGGCAUGGAAGAGGAUAAAGUAAAGAAGGCAACCGAUGAACCUGAAGGUGGCAUGGAAGAGGAUAAAGUAAAGAAGGCAACUGAUGAACCUGAAGGCGGCAUUGAAGAGGAUAAAGUAAAGAAGGCAACUGAUGAACCUGAAGGCGGCAUUGAAGAGGAUAAAGUAAAGAAGGCAACUGAUGAACCUGAAGGCGGCGUUGAAGAGGAUAAAGUAAAGAAGGAAAUUGAUGAACCUGAAGGCGGCGCUGAAGAGUAUAAAGUAAAGAAAGCAACUGAUGAACCUGAAGGCGGCGUUGAAGAGGAUAAAGUAAAGAAGGCAACUGAUGAACCUGAAGGCGGCGUUGAAGAGUAUAAAGUAAAGAUGGAAACUGAUGAAUCUGAAGGCAGCGAUGAAGAGUACAUAAGGCCCAAGUGGGAUAGUAAAUUCCAGUACCUUUUAAGCUGUGCUGGAUUUGUUGUGGGUCUUGGAAAUGUGUGGCGUUUUCCAUACUUGUGCCAAACCUAUGGAGGAGGAGCAUUCCUGAUUCCAUACAUCAUUGCGUUUCUGUUGGAAGGCACCCCUAUAUUUUUUCUUGAAUUAGCUGUAGGGCAACGCAUGAGAAAAGGCAGCAUUGAAGUCUGGUGGCACAUCUCACCUUACCUGGGAGGACUGGGUUACACUUCUGUGAUAGUGUGCUUCCUAGUAGCUCUCUAUUACAAUAUGCUUUUGGCCUGGAUUUUGUGGUAUUUUAUAAACUCUUUCCGAAACCCAUUACCUUGGAGUUCCUGCCCAACAGAUACAAGCAAACCAGAACUUAUUGAAGAAUGUAACAAAAGCACACCUACCAAUUAUUUCUGGUAUAGGUACACUUUAAACAUAAGCACGGAUAUUACAAACAGUGGUCCGCUUCAGUGGUGGCUGGUUUUAUGUUUGGCAGCCUGCUGGUUACUUGUGUUCAUUUGUACAGUACGAGGAAUUGAAUCGACUGGAAAGGCAAUGUAUGUUACAACUACAUUUCCUUACCUAAUUCUAACAUUAUUCCUUCUUUAUGGAGUGACUCUCCCAGGAGCCUUUCACGGAUUAGUGUACUUCAUGACUCCUAAUCUCAAGAAGAUCAACAAUCCACGUGCCUGGCUUGAUGCAGCCACCCAGAUUUUUUCCUCUCUUUCUUUAGGAUGUGGGGGACUCAUAGCAUAUUCAAGCUACAACCCGUCAAAUAAUGACUGUGAAAUGGAUGCUGUCAUGAUAGCAGGAAUAAACUCUUUGACUUCUUUGUUUGCGUCAAUCCCAGUUUUUUCAAUUCUGGGGUUCAAAGCAACAGUGGCCUAUGAAGAAUGCUUGGAAAGAAAUGUUAAAUACAUCACCAAGGCAUUCAGGAACGAAAGCAUCACUGUAGACAGCGGCGCAUUUUGGCUCAGUUACUUGAACGGAACGAAUAUCAAUAAACUUACAUCUCUCAACCUGGCAAAUUGUGAUCUCCAAUAUUUCCUUGAUCAGAGUGUUUCUGGAACCGGCUUGGCCUUUAUUGUGUUCACUGAAAUCAUGCUUAAGAUGCCUGGAUCGAACACUUGGGCGAUUAUGUAUUUUCUUAUGCUGUUCAGUCUUGGUAUAUCUUCCAUUUUUGGACUCGUUCAAAGUAUCUUGACGCCUUUCACAGAAUCUCGCACUGUGUCUAGAUACAUAUACAAGGAGGCUAUAUGUGGUUUAAUAUGCCUUUCUGCUUUUCUGCUGGGCCUGCUUUUUGCUCUGAGAUCAGGAAACUACUGGCUUGAGAUGUUUGACGCCUAUGCCGGGACCUUGCCUUUGCUCAUCAUCACUUUCUUUGAAUUGAUCGGUAUUGUGUUUAUUUAUGGAAUAAAAAGAUUCAGUGCAGAUGUGAAAGAUAUGAUAGGAAGACCACUAAAAGGCUAUUGGAAGGCAACAUGGCAAUUUUUCUCCCCAGUGAUAAUGUUCCUAAUUUUUUUGUCCUAUGUACUAGUUGAGCCACCAUCAAGCUACAAUACUUGGAACCCAAAUUAUGUAUAUUUUCCUGCAAAAGAGCCAAAAAAGUAUCCUCCCUGGGCUGUCGUCAUCUCUAUCAUGCUGGAAAGUGUACCAUGUUUGAUGAUCCCUUUCGGAGCCAUUUACCAACUUGGGAGAAUCGUACUGAAAAAGAAACAGCUACAAAUAAUACAUCCAGACACCAGCACUGGUAUCCUUGGUAUCACCAGUAGAACUGGUAUCCCUGGUAUCACCAGUAGCACCGGUAUCCCUGGUAUCACCAGUAGCACCGGUAUCCCUGGUAUCACCAGUAGCACCGGUAUCCUUGGUAUCACCAGUAGCACCGGUAGCACUGGUAUCACCGGUAGCACCGGUAUCCCUGGUAUCACCAGUAGCACCGGUAUCCCUGGUAUCACCAGUAGCACCGGUAUCCCUGGUAUCACCAGUAGCACUGGUAUCCCUGGUAUCACCAGUAGCACCGGUAUCCCUGGUAUCACCAGUAGCACCGGUAUCCCUGGUAUCACUAGUAGCACCUGAUCUUAACUUUUGUUUCAGCAAUCUGGUCACCCUUGUUUUCCCCAUCCUAUCCUGACCAUUAAAAACCCCCCACACAAGUAUCCUCAAAUUUAAGGUAUUCAAUCAGUAAGAAUGUAAGGAUUUCUAUGUAAAACCGUUUUUUCAAUAAAUGCAUCUUUAUAUAUAGCACUCAAGACUGUUCAUAGUACGUAACACAUAAUUAUCUUGUAAGUCUUACCACGCCAACCGUAUAGGCAGGUCCACAUUCUUAUCCCUAUAUUGCAGGUGUGGGGGCUGAAUCUGAAAGAAGUGCUUUGCCUAAGGCCAUUCGGUGCAUGAGAUUUAGAAAGGGGAAAACUGCUAGGGCCUGAUUACAAAAUUAUGUCAUUAUAAGUGGACAGAACAUGGUACAGUGGUACCUCUGGUUAUAGACGCUUCAGGUUACAGACUCCGCUAACCCAGAAAUAGUACCUCGGUUUAAGAACUUUGCUUCAGG